AUGGGCAUACGCAGUCCUUCCGAAGGACACGUCUGUUCUCAUGUAAAUGGUUCCGUGUCCCCUAGUGGGCCGUCCCCGUCCACCUCACCAACUUAUCAAAUGCCAAACGGUCCUUUCCCCGUCAAUGAACGUGAACGUCGUUCACGUUCAUCCUCAGAAUCAAGCGUGCAUUCUUAUACUAAUUAUAAUUAUUAUUCUCAGGCCGCAACUUCCUUCAAUGAUGGACAAACAGAACAAGACUAUGUUUCUAGCAGCAACAACAGCUGCUACAACUACAACUGUAACGAACACGAUAAUUUGAACGAGCACACAAAGAGUCGUCCACCACCACCACCACUCAAAAUAACAACAAACGUGGGAAUUCCGGGUAGUGGUUUAACUCGUAGAGCUCAUAUGAACGCGCAUAAACAUGAUAGAAAAUUUAGAGAAAGGACGAACCGUGUUUCAUUUCAUGAGAAGGAAUCUUCCUCACAAUCAGCUGGGAGCCCACCAAACGAAUAUGUGCAUAGUCCUUCCUCGACUACACCCAUGAACUCGGGGACAUCUUCGCCAACUCAAACAUCAUCUUCAGAUUUUUCACAAAAGUCCAGCACAUUGACACCUAAUUCACCUAAAACAUCAAACAUUAUUCCAAAUAUUCCAAAAUCAUCUAUAAUAAUAAACCCUAGAAAUUCCUCCCUAAAUUAUCAACAUCAACAUCCAUCCAGUAGCAAUAAUAGCAGCAUGAGUAGUCUUAAUAGUAAUAGCAGCAAUAGUUCUUUUGUGUCGAACCAAAUGCAUUCCCCCCUAAGUUAUCAAAGUCAAUCCAGUAGCACUAGCAACAAUACAGAAGACAAACUAUCGAGCACUCGCCCUACAGUUCGAAAAGAAUUGCUACAAACAGCGCACAGUUAUCCGUCAAUCUCAAAAUUCUUUUACGAUACAGAAAGGAAAUUCUUUGACGAUACAGAAAGGAAUUUGCAGGCAACUCUUAAUCACACGAAUUUCUGUGUAAUCGAUGUAACUGGGAUUAUUGAUCCUGCCGAAAUAAAACGUAAAAUUUUUGAUGCCUUAGAAAUUAAGGAUGAUAGGAAAAAUUAUAACAUUCAUUUAACGGAAAUUGGUCCUUUAAUAGACGAUAAACAGUUAGUUGAAAAAUGUAAACAUGCUGAUAGAAUUGCCUCGCUUAAACUCUUUGUAAAGCGAAAGGAUUUUCCUGAUACUAUACAUUUUCAUACUGCGAUCGAGAAAAAUCCCGUGAUAACUCGUCUACCAGUUUCUGCUACGAGUAUUGAGGUAUCAGUUCACAAUACUACUGGAUUUUGUGGUGGAUUUGAUCCAACUUUGGGCCCAGAGUUACAAAAAUCGCCCAGUCAGUAUUUUACUGCUGAACCUAUGACUAUGCCUCAGCCUGUUAUUUACCAGCAGCAACAACCAACACAUAGCCCUUUCUCUCAUCAAACUUAUAGUGAAAACAUUGAUCGACAACCACCACAACAAACUCUGAGACAUUCACCAAAUAAACUUCAGCAUCCACCUAAUUUAACACCGGGAGGUCUACAGGGGAAUCAACCAUCACAAGUAAAUAGCAUCGCAAAAAUAAUAGCUCAACAAACAUCUCCAUUAUCAUCAAUAGGGAUUCAUCCGUAUGCUUCACCAGUUUUACCUCCUAUAUCUGAACAGAGUAAUAAUGUCCCUCAAUUGAAAAAGUGUCAAAGUGUUGAGAAUAUUGCUCAAAAGAAUGAUAAAAAUUUUACGCGAAUUCAAAAUGACUUUCCGUCUCAAUAUAAUAGUGUAGAAAACUUUGAUCAACCACCUCAAAUAAUUUCUCAAGUAUCAAGGACACCUCCCCAAAAUAUAUUAGAUACAAGAAACUUUAUUAAUAAUGCUGCAGAUCCACAACGUGAGCAUACAAUCUAUAAUGAGGGGAUUCAUUCAAAUUUAACGGCGACUUCUCUUAAUCAGUCCUUUUCCGCAAAUAAUACAACGAUGGUGAAGCCGACAGAAGAAGACGACGAGCCUCAGCUUUGGCCUAUAAUAGAGAUUAAGGAGGAAGAUAAAGUAGGCGAAUUAUGGAUUAAAAAACCAAUCAAAUCAAACUCGAAUAAUACUACUUUGGUAUCAAGUUUGGAUGAUAUACAAAAUACAUUAGAUACAAGAAAUAACGGUGAAGCACUCGACCAUACAUUCAAUAAUGUGAACAUUAAUGUGAACCUAGUAGAUAAUUCAAUAGUAAAAUCAACAGAAGAAGAAGAGCCUCCUCUUUGGGAUAUAAUAGAUCCUGCUUUAAUUAAGGAUGAAGAUAAAGUAGGCGAAUUAUGGAUUAAAAAACCCAUUAGCAGAUCAAGCUCGAACAAUAAUACUUUAAUAUCAAAUUCGGAAGGUACUAGUUUAAUAUCAAGCCUUAGUGGUGAAGGUGAAGGUCUUUCGGAUGCACCUCUAAAAAAUUCUCAAAAUGUUAAUCAAGAAGAAACACCAAAGGACAAUUUGAACUCUUUUAAAAACAAUAACAAUUCUUCUGUGAGAUUUGAUAUUCCGUCAAGUCCUCUUCCAGAUCAGCGCACUAAUCUCGGUCUUGUACGAUCUGUAUCCCGUAGAAGAGGAGUCAAAGAUUCUUGGGUUGUGAGACCUACAGUUGUGGAUGUAUAUGAGGAUUUAGAUGUAUAUUUUCCUGGUCAUGAUCUUGACAAAGAGAUUGACGGAACAGACAACGGCAUGAUCAAUAAUUCAAACAAUGAUGGAGAAAUUUCGCCAUCUAUUGCUGCUCCUAUUACUCCAACUGGGAAAAGAAAAUUAACCCGCGGGAAAUCGAUUCGUCAUGUCGCGGAGCAAAUUGUAAAUCGUGAACGUCAGCAAUGGGCAAUUAUUACGACAGCAGUACUAGCAGAGACUAAGUUAAAGAGAAAAGUUACAAAAAUAUGGGGAAAUCGUACAGAACAAGUUAAACCAGGACAAUCUUGGUCUUCUCAACAAGGACACUCAGUUGAUGAUAAUAAAAAUCUAGAAGAGAAGACAUUACCUAAAAUCCAAUGGGUGAAAGGUGAAUUAAUCGGAAAAGGCACUUUCGGAAAAGUAUAUCUUGCUUUAAACAUAUCAAACAAAGAAAUGAUAGCAGUCAAGCAAGUGGAACGACCAACUACUGCAUCUGAUAUGCUGAGUGAAAGACAACUUAGUUUGGUUCAAUCGUUUUAUGCUGAAAUGAAUCUUUUGAAAGUUUUGGAGCACGAGCAUAUUGUCCAAUAUUUAGGUUAUGAAGAAACCCCAGAGGCUUUAAAUAUUUUCCUUGAAUAUGUGAACGGUGGAUCUAUAGGAACAUGCCUAAAAAUACACGGCAGAUUCAAAGAACCUGUAGUGCGAUCUUUUACUCGGCAGAUACUUCUUGGGCUCGAAUAUUUGCAUGGAACAAAUAUUAUUCAUCGGGACAUUAAAUCUGAUAAUAUUCUUGUGACUGAAGACGGGUGCUGCAAAAUUUCGGACUUUGGUAUAUCAAAGAAAGGCACUCAUGCUGUUUACGAUAAUCAGUCAAAUAUGUCAUUACAAGGAACCAUAUUCUAUCUGGCGCCUGAAGUAUUCACUAAUACAGAUGGAUAUAGUGCUAAAGUCGAUAUAUGGAGCUUAGGGUGUGUCGUACUAGAAAUGUUUACUGGUAAUCGACCUUGGGCAACAUUUAACGAUCUAACUGCAAUGUACAAGAUUGGCAAAGAAAAAAAACAUCCACCAAUACCUAGUGCAUCUGAGAUAUCAGGAGAAGCUAAAGACUUUUUGGAGCAAUGUUUUAUUAUAGAUCCAGAAGCACGACCAAAAGCGUCAGAAUUGUUACUUCAUCCAUUUGCAAAAGAAGAUCCUAGUUUCCAAUUCAAGAAAUAUAUCAAAGUACCACCAAUAGUACGUUCUAAACAAUAA